AUGAACAUCUUAACGUUAAUAAAAAAAGAACUUCCAGAUGAAAAAUUCUAUUUAUUCAUCAAUCGUUGCAUAUUUAGUUUUCUAUUUCUUUUUGUUGGUCUACCAUUAUGGUAUUCUACUACUAGCACAUAUCGUGCACCAUUACCUUAUUCUCGUAUAUCAACUCUUGCAUCAAAAUCUUCGGAUUUAACUGAAACAAAUUUAACAUCAUUUCAAACAGCAUCAUCAUAUGAAAUAUUAUU